AGCCCAACACCAUCACCUACAACACCCUCCUGGACGCGUGCGCCCGCUCUGCGGGCGCCAUGGCGCGCGUGCCCACCAUCUUCGAGACCAUGAAGGCGCAGGGCGUCGAGCCGGACAUGAUCACGUACUCCACGUUGGUGAAAGGAUAUUGCAGUGCUGGCGACUUGGACUGCGCAUUCCAGCUUUUCGACGAGAUGAAGCAGGAUGCGAAGUUGUCAUUGGACGAGAUCGUCUACAACUCAUUGCUUGAUGGGUGCGGGCGCAAGCAGCGUGUUUCCAAGGCGAAGGAGGUGCUUGCCGACAUGCGCGCCGCGGGCGUGCCUCCGUCCAACUACACCCUCAGCAUCAUGGUGAAGCUGCUGGGCCGCUCGCACCACCUCAACGACGCGUUCGCACUCCUGCACGAGUUCCAGGAAGUGUACGACUUGUCACCGAACGUCCAGGUCUACACCUGCCUCAUCCAGGCGUGUCUGCACGGCAGGCAGGUGAAGCGCGCCCUGCAGGUGCACGACCAGAUGGCGCGCAGCUGCCGCCCGGACGCCAAGGC